AGUCUUUCAGUUGGUGUUUGGAAGCGAUCCGAGUGAGACGCGUCUAAGGGUCGAUCCGGCAGGGACCUCACUCAAGUCGGUCGCAGGUAAAUUCCGGUGUGAGAGAUUUUCAGAGGAAAAGGAAAAUUGAAACCGCUUCCUAGUUCGUGACUUUAAAUGAAGAUUAAGUAAUAACCGAUAUAAUAGUUUUUGGCUCCGUUACACCAACUGUGGACCAUGUGAAAAUCACACGGGAAAACCAAAGAAAGAAUAUUUUUUGUCUGUGAUGCUUUUCUGUCAUACGGAAUUAAAAUCACAACAGACCGAUACCAAGAAAAUAUUAUCAACUACGUAACAAUGCAAAGACAGUGCUGAACUUCGUUUCACACCCGUUCUCCCCCAACCAAAAAAACAUUCAACAAAACCAAAAGAUAACAAUUAUACUAUAGCUCGAAAGUGUCCAGAAAAGAUGGGCGGACACACCAAGAACUUCUUUAUAGCAGUUACGCUCCUGCUCUACGUAACGGGUACUUUGGCCAGAGGCGCUGGAGAAGUCUCUGAAAUCAUCGUGCCGGGAGACUUCGGAACUUUUGAAUUCACAACGCUGCCUUACAACUCAGCCAUCGCAGGGGAGGAGGACCUGGAGGAGGAGAGGAGAAAAGAAGAGGAGGAGAAACGCCGAGAGAAGGGAGAGGGCUGUGAAUAUGACGGCCGGUGGUACAGGCCAGAGGAGAUAGUGAAGACCCACGAGCCCUGCCUCAGGUGUAAGUGCCUGGGGGCCACGCUCGUCUGCCAACUGAGGGUAUGCCCCCAGGUGCCCGAUAUCGUGCCCCAGGGCUGCUACCGGCUCAAAAAGUCCGGGGAAUGCUGCGAAGAAAUUGUCUGUGAAGGUGAGUUGGAAAACAACCGUCUGUAUCGGAAAGACACUGAGCUGGAGGGCGCUGUUCAGGACGGCCCGGAGGCCGAGCCGGAAAACGUCCACAUAAGCGACCCGGCCGCUAUCGCAUCCGUCUUCGGAACGCGACGGCGGGGCUCCCAACAGAACGUGACCAAACCCAGUUCAAGGGGCUGCGUGACAGAGGCCGCAGUCUUUGCCGAGGGCUCGGCUAUGGUAUCCCCUGACGAAUGCUCUUACUGCUUCUGUAUUCGGGGCAAGCAGCGGUGCGUUGCACCCAAGUGCUUGCUGCCCGUAGAAGGGUGCCGGCCAAGAUACCGAUCAUUCUCUUGCUGCCCAUCAUACUACGACUGUUACGAUGCCACCACGACCUCCACCACCACCACCAGACGCACGCCCAGAGACUGUGAGUACAACGGCCAGCGGUACUCGGAGGGAUCUCGAGUGCAAGAGGCCGGAGACGACUGCCACAAUUGCUACUGCAUCGACGGAAGAGUCAACUGCACCGACAUAACAUGCAACGCGCCCCUGGAAGGGUGUACGCCAGUUAUGGAGGAGGGACACUGCUGCCCGGUCAAGUAUAAUUGUGAUAAUAAUAAUGAUGGAAUCUUUGAUGAUGAAUUAUUAACAGACUCUGCAGCUGAUUCCUUUGGGAACUUGGAAGAGCCAACAACUGCAGGCAGUCGGAGAGGUGUGCUUAAGGAUACAGAACCAGCGUGGCUCCGAAACAUGGCCAGACAGAGUCCUGGAGGAGAGGCUAUCAUCACAGAUGAGGCACAUGCAAAGUCCCUCUUAGAUGAAACUCCAAAUGAACAACCUUUAGAAACUACAAACACAGAUGACUCUGAACCUGAAGAACUCACUGAAGGAGAGCCUCAGACACAAGGCCAAGAAGAGCAGGACGACACAGAUAAAACAUCAGAUCAGGGUACAAGAAAAAGAGUUACAAACAGGAGAAGGUUAAUUGGUCGUAUUUCCCGCCCCUCUAGUGAUGAUAUAGAAAACCGAAGAAAACAAACCAGAUACACACAACAAAGACUACCUCCAAGAAUAAGGCCUCCUCAGCCACAGAGGCAGAACACACGACCAAAUACUCGAAUAAAGUUCAAUAAAGGCAAGCCCAAAGAUGAAGAUAGAAAGCAAUUUACUCCUACAACAUCUAAAGUUCAUUCAGCCUCUGAAUCCACCACAAAACCAGUCCCAACUACUACAACUCCAAAGUUCACAGCUACAACUUAUGAAAAUGAUCUUGACAAGGCUAAUGAACUUGAUACCACAAUUCAGUAUGAUGUAGACCAAGUUACAAGAUCUUACAGCAAUAAUGCAGCCACUACCAAUGGUCCUUCACCGGGUAUUUCUGACAAAUUACAAGAAAUACGGAAUCCACAAACUCCAUCACAUGAUAGCUUACUUGUGUCAUCAGAAAGAUCAACUACCAGAGAAUCUCCGGUUAGACCCACUCGAUUCUCCCAACGUAGAUCCCCAUUCCUACGACGCAGAAAUCAACAACAAAGUCUAAGUUCUAUUUUACGAACACGCUCACAGCAGAGAGAGGAUGACAUAGAUAAAACAAACCAAGAUUCUACAAGUACAGAGCAUACUACUACCACCAGUACAACUACCAACAAAGUUCGACUUCCAUUACCUCCUAGGAUUAAACCACUUCUAUCUCCAUUUGCAACAGAAGAGCCAGAAACAUUCUUGACUGCAGAUAUAACAGAUGACUCUUCACUACUUCUGCCCUUGGAAGUAAAAGAAAAUCCAGCAUCUCUUUCAUCUCAAGAAGUAAUAGAAACAACAGAAGAUCCAUUUUCAACAGGCACUGUGAGAGAAACAACUUUAAUAGAAGACUACACUGAGAAUGAUUAUGAACAUGGGACUACAAUUCCUCAGGACACAGAAUCUGUAACUUCAGGAUAUGAUGAGACAACCACUCUGUAUGAUCUGGAGCAUGACACAGGUCUAUUUGAUAUUGUUGAAGCAACUCAAGAUGACUCUUUGGGCAUAAGACACUUUGAAUCCUUGAAUGCCUCCUCAAGUCAAAGAUUAUCAACCUUAGAUCCUCUUCUUCCAGUCGAUGAUUCAUCAGCAACUGAUCACCCAUCAGUCGUCAUAACAACUGUGACACCUUUUUCAGCAAGUAGCCCACAGUCCACACCUACUACAACCCCUAUCAUUUUAACAAGCACUGUAUCUGAAGAUGAAAUACUACCAGAGAUAUCAAGAUUUGGCCAUGGAGAAGCCAUUCCAGUUCACGACAUUUCUGAAUUAUCGUCCCCAAAACCAAAACGUGAUUUCAACGUAGAUCAGGCAGUGGAGAUUGGAACAGGGGUGAAUGUCAAAGGAAACUUAGAAGAUGCUGUUGCAUUUGGUCCUAUACUCAUUUUUGAUAACAGAGUCCGUGUAGAUCGGCAAAAUAGAGAAUUCAAUUCAACAGGAGACCCUGAAACAUCUGAUGGAGAGAAUACAGCUGCAACAGAAAUUCCUGAAGAAACAACAAUUUUCACUGCAGAAGAAAUAAAUAUAACUGAUGAUGUUACAGCAAAUGACGAAUCAUCAGUUGACUACGAAACAGGCACAGAAGAAAUAACAACGCUAUUUCCUACUUUACCACUGGCUAAAGAUACAACAGUAAAAUCACUGAGUGAAUUACUCUCCCAUGUAACCACUGAGUCAACAAACACAACAAAUGAGACUCUUUCAUCAGCACCUGACACUGUAGACUACAUAGCAGUCGAAGACCUGGAUGACACAGAAACAAACUUCCCUUCAUAUGACAUUACAGUUGGAACAUCUGUCUUGGCUGGGCAUCAUGAUAGGCCGCUGACAGCUGGUGUUGGUGAAGUCAUCCCAGUAGAUAUUGAACCUGAACACAAAUCACCUGAAAUAGAAAGUGGACCAGUAGUACAAGAUGAAAGCCCAUCUUUACUGGGAACAAUACUCAAUAUCUUAACAAGAACAGAACGACCACGGCCAGAAAGAUUUUCACCGCACCCUAAUCCUGAAAGGCUUCCUCCACCACCUCCACCUCCACCAGGAAGGCUACCACCACCUCCUCCUCCUCCUUUUAGACCACCUUUCCGACCUCGACCAAGACCUGAUGGAAGGCCAGAAAGAAGACCAGACUUUAUUCCCCCAAGGUUCCGCCCUCCGCCACCACCACCUAAAGCAUCAGACAGAGAUACAACUGAGGAACCUGAAACUAUUACUGACCCCUCACCAACAACACCAAUCACUGUUCAACCAACAUCACAACCAGCUUUCAAUGCUCCAUCAACAGAGCCCACCCUUAUUGUUAACAGACCUGUACCAGGAUUUGACAGGCCAAACCCCAUUGCUAAUAUUCCAGUUCAUAUUCUGAAUAGUCCAGAUGAAAUAUUAAGGCCUGAUCUUCCAAACUUACAAGAUGAUGAAAUUCAUAGUGAAAUUCACAGUGAAAUUCAUAGCAGGCCUGACCACCUUCACAGACCUGAUUUCCUUCCUGAUCGGCCAGUUGCCAUACCCCCCCGAGUAAGCAGUCCUAACAGCCCGGUAGGACUUCCCUCUAAACCAGUAAUUGAAAGUGGAUUUCAAGGUAUGAAAGAUAAUGAAGGCAUUGAACCAGACUUUGACUAUGAGUAUGAUGAAUAUGGACUGCCAACUCUACCACCUUCACUUCCUAAUUUGAAAAUUAUUCCAUUUGUGGCAGCUGAUGCAUUAGUAAACCAGGAAAGUGUCAUUGCAGGAGAUGAAUUCAAAUCACCUAUACUCCUUACACAUACUACAAAUGAUGACAAUCCAGAAAAUCAAAGAACCCCAGAGACAACAGAGGCUACAACUACAACAACUCGACGGUCCUUCUUACGCCUGCCAAUAGGAGAGCGUCGUCCUCCAAUUCUUCCACCCAGACGUACUGUUAACCGCCCAGGUGAUGACAGUUCAACAAGGAGGCCUUUUGUACCUUUCCGUCGUCCAGGAGAAAGACCAAGGACGCCUUUCCCCUUCAAAACAAAAACAACUUUAAGUCCAGAUGAGGGUGAAGAACCUACAGGCAUAGAUGAAUCAAGCCCAAGUCCUAGACCAAAUAUCCCCUUCGAAGAUGUGGAAAACCAUUCUACAAGGCCACCUUUCAUCCCCCCACGGCACACCUCACAAAAUACAGAUGAAACCACCACCACUACAAUCCCCACCACCACACCCACCACACAGCCUCCACAGACAACAACAACAACAACAACCACAAUAAUAACGACAACAACAACUCCUGCACCCAUAGUAUCUAAUGACAUAACUAAUUUGUUACUUCAAGAUGUGUUUGGGCUUACUGAAGGACAAAACACACCUCCUGUCAGGUUCACUCAUGAAAGGACCACAUCAAAGCCUCGAAUCCCAAUCAAACUUACAACUGCGCUUCCAGAAAUACCAGCAGCUGUCAAAGACCAAAUGCCACUAGCAACUGACCCAGUACUUGCAUCUGGGUUACUAAAGCUUUCCGGAUGUAACAUUUAUGGACGUAUGUACGAUGUAGGGGACCAAAUCAAGGAGUUAUCAAGUGGCUGCAAAGAAUGUCGUUGCACUCACGUUGGUGUUCAGUG